AUGGCGGAGGCAUACCUUAACGAUCUCGAGAGCGUCUGGCGCUCAGAACGGCUUGUAUUCCGCGCAAUUCAGCAGGAGGACUACGAGUUUUUAUUCAAUGACAUCGACACUGACCCCAUCAACAUGUCCCUAUCUGGACCUAUGCUCUUGAAACCUCCGCGAAAACAAAAACCCGAGGAAUGGUUCGAGAAGUGGAAAAAGAACGACUUUCUGAUGGAUGUGAUUAUUUGUCUACGCCCAGAUGUCCCGGCUAAUGAGCAUCAUUUCAAAAGCAGCGACGUGCCAGAAAAAGAGGUUGAACAGGCGGGCCACGCAAGAGACGGUCAACCCAAGCCCAUUGGCAUGAUAAAUAUCUCUACUGGAGUGUAUGGUAGAAAUCCCAGCAAUCGUGCCUGUUCCUUGGGCACAACUGUUGCAGCGCCAUACCAGAACAGCGGCUACGGCACUGAGGCGGUCCGUUGGGCCAUUGAUUGGGCUUUCCGCAGAGCAAACAUGCACAGCGUUCAUCUGGGAUCUGUCGAGUACAAUAAGCGGGCUCACAAAUGCUACCAGAAAGUUGGGUUCAAGCUGGAUGGGAAGCAGAGGCAGUGUCACUGGGUUUGUCUAAGCCUUCCCCCGUUUUGA